AAAAAUAGGUUAAUUAUAUCUAGAAUUUUGUUCGACAAUGAUCUCGUUCUUUGUCAUUCAUGUUCAACUUAAUACAUGGGUACCUACUUUAAACAAAUGAUUAAACGUGAUUAAUUUCACGUUCGCAUUUCGUACCUGUUGUAUCUGUUUGGCUUUGUCUUCUAAAUGACGGCAUUAUAAGAUGCGGGUCUCACCUUGAUGUGAUGUAGAGCUCAUGUUGCAAAACGACGAAUUUUCGAAAAGUCAAGUUUAGUUCUGAUGGUGGUCCACAUGACGACGCAGGUAUUAGCUGGUGCUCAAUUCACUUCGCACGUGAGCGUGAGCACACCAGCACGGAGCUUUACCCAUGGGGUUGGCAACCCGAUAUCUGUAAACGGACAGCCUUACCGGAAUCCGCAACAAUUCUCCCAUGGAAACUUUCAAAGAUAUACCGGAGCUCCCUCCUCGUUUGGAGGAUAUCCUCGAAUGAGGCCAGCAAUACCGUUUACCAACGAAGAUAUACCUCGGCAAACUUCUAUAACUGUUAUGGGAUGGAAUAAUAAUAAUUAUAGAGAAGAAACUAUACCAGUUCUGCCACCAUCGCCAUACAAAGUGAAUUCGCCGGAUCCAGAGUCUCUGUGGCCUGAAGGCUUAUUCCUGCCACCUUCAAGCCCACCACGAUUUAGCUCUUUUGGAAGACGUCUUGACGACGAUUCCAUCGUCGAUCCAUACUUAUUAGAAGGAUCCGAGGCAAUAGCGGCAGUACAAAAAGCGAAACAACAUGGCAAUCUUUAUUUCCACGAAAUCCCUCACAUCCCGUCAUUGCUAGCCAACCAAGAACUACGAGCCAAGAACCGCCUGAAACCUCAUCUGAUUGCCAGCAUACGUCACACCUGGCCAUACAACCGACCAUAGCCACCUCCGAAUAAAACAAAUGAUAAAGUAUAACCAUAUAUUUGUAUACAUUGUAUAAAUAAAACACUCAGAGUCAUUAAAUUAAAAAAGAAAAGCAAUUUGUUUUCAUUUACAUUUUUGUGAAUAUAAAAUAUUUUGUAUUAAGUAGUCGCCUGUCUAAAACUUAUUGUUACAAAUCCAGAAUAUACGAUUCAUAUAAUGAAUUUCGUACAUCAAUUUAAUUACAUUGAUUGUAUAACAACACAUUAACUCAAACAUAAGUUGCAUCGAAAUCUCGAAACGUGAGGGUUCUGUACAAA